CGACCCAUCGUAGAAAGCGCAUAAGCGCAGUAGAUAAUUUCCGAAAGUUGAAUCCAGCCUCGCACCGUCGAAACAGGCGACUCUGAUCCCGCAAAAAAAAUCCGGCGCUUUUUAAAUUUCCAAAAAUUCACAACAGGCGACCGCGGAGUCCCUUUAACUCCAUGGGCACUCCCCUUUAACUCCCCUAACCUCGUUUUAUGUAAUAUCACAACAUAUGAUAAUCACCUGAAGGUUUCGGUGCUCCAAAGAGAGUCCGAAAAUCGGAGAAAUCGAAGGCUCACUGGGAAUUCGCGUUCAUAACGCGAGGGAGUACGUGGGGAUAAUCACGUGGAUGUUGUGGGGGUGGAUAAUUAAUAUCUUUCAUUAGCCGAACGAGUGCUGAUUGGGAUGGCUGCUAUUUCUUCCUUCAGUGCUUUGCAAAUUGCACAGAAGAAAACUGUCCUGUCCUUGGCUCCAAUCGCCCUCCAGCACUGUCAGUACUCCUCCGAUGUGCCUCGAAUAAUAAAAAAUCCGACGACAACAUCGCUGAAGAGAGGAACAGGUGGAAGAAGUUCGUUCAAUGGAAUCGUCUGCACAGUCUUCGGUAACACUGGCUUCGUGGGGCGUUAUGUUUGCAAUCGACUGGGCAAAAUUGGCACCCAGCUAAUUUUGCCUUACCGAGGUGAGCAUUAUAGCUCCAUGCGCCUGAAGCUCGUUGGGGACCUCGGGCAAGUCCUGUUCCAUCCGUUCCAACUCACCGACGAGGAUUCAAUCAGAAAGUGCAUCAAGUACUCGAACGUUGUUAUCAACCUGAUUGGACGUGACUGGCAGACGAAGAACUUCACGUUUGAUGACGUUCACGUUCAUGGGGCGAGGCGACUCGCCAGGUUGGCGAAGGAGGCUGGGGUCGAGAGGUUCAUUCAUUUGUCAACUCUCAGUUGCAGCCCAGAUCCAAAGCCCAUCCUCCUGCCGAAGGGCUCAGGGUUCUACAGAUCGAAGUGGCGCGGUGAACAAGCGGUGAAGGAGGAAUUCCCAGAGGCUACAAUCGUCAGACCUGCGACAAUCUACGGUCAGGAGGACAGGUGGAUCAAUGUUUACUGUCGGUUCUGGAGAAGGCACUUGAGGGGUACUGCCCUGUGGGAAAAAGGUGAAAAAACAGAGAAGCAGCCGAUUUGGGUUGGUGAUGUGGCUGGUGGAAUCACUGCCCUAGUGAGGGAUCCAUCGACUGCUGGAAAAACUUAUCAAUUUGCUGGUCCUCAACGAUACAAGCUUGGAGACCUCGUUGAUUGGAUGAACUACUUUAUCAGGAAGGAAGCGAAAGACUAUGGGUACAGGAGAUUGGACCUCAAGAACUGUCCCUUCUUCAAAUUAAAAGUCAGUCUGGUCGAGUCCAUCAGCCCAGGGUAUCCACUCGGAAAUCUCCAUUGGGAUGGCCUUGAGAAGGAGCACACGUCUGACAUUCUCGUCCCAGAGCUCCCAACCCUCGAGGACAUUGGCGUCUACCCCUGCACGAUGGAGUCCCGAAUUGCCUGGGAAUUGAGACCGUUCAAACUCGGGGCUCACUACAUGGAGAGAGUCGGUGAAUUCCCAGACCCCGAGCCACCCAAGCCCAUCGCCAUGAGCCCUGCAUAAAAAAUCAAUCGUAAUAAUUCAAUAGAGUAAUAAAUUUAUGAAUCAUCGUGAUUGUAGUCAGAAUAAAGGUCGAUCCGUACGUCUUUGGGUGGUUGUUACAACUGAUACUUUAUUAUUACUCUUUGUUUAAGAAUGAGCAUGAUUUAAAGUCAUCACGAAAAUUUGUAUCGACACUUGUGAUCGGAGUUUAUGUAAUAUAUGAGCAAGUGGCGAAGA